GGGGAGAGUUCGGUUGAGAGGGUGCUGGAUGGUGGGGGAGUACCACUGAUGAGAGAGCGGGCAAGGGACUAUUUUAGCACGCGUUGGAGGACUAUUACAUUUUUCUUCUGGACACUAAUAGACGCCUGGACGGGGUUUCUUCAUCGACUGUGUGCGGUGGCCUAGAAUCUUCUGCUUCUGGUCUCCAGCAGCAAUGUCACAGAGGAGUGGGCAGGAGGACCCAGAGCGGUACCUUUUUGUGGACCGCGCUGUGGUGUACAACCCAGCGGCACAGGCUGACUGGACUGCCAAGAGGCUAAUAUGGAUCCCAUCAGAACGCCAUGGCUUCGAGGCUGCAAGUAUUCGUGAGGAGCGUGGAGAUGAGGUGGUGGUGGAGCUGGCAGAGAACGGGAAGAAGGCGGUGGUCAACAAGGACGACAUCCAGAAGAUGAACCCGCCAAAGUUCAGCAAGGUGGAGGACAUGGCUGAACUCACCUGCCUGAACGAGGCAUCUGUGCUUCACAAUCUCAAAGACCGAUACUACUCUGGCCUCAUCUAUACAUACUCUGGCCUCUUCUGCGUGGUCAUAAAUCCCUACAAAAACCUGCCCAUCUACUCGGAGAACAUCAUAGAGAUGUACAGGGGCAAAAAGAGGCACGAAAUGCCCCCUCACAUAUACGCCAUCUCAGAGUCUGCAUACAGAUGCAUGCUACAAGAUCGAGAGGACCAGUCCAUUCUUUGCACAGGUGAGUCAGGAGCUGGCAAGACGGAAAACACAAAAAAGGUCAUUCAGUACCUGGCACAUGUUGCCUCCUCCCACAAAGGAAGAAAAGACCACAACAUUCCUCCAGAAUCACCUAAACCAGUGAAACUACAGGCACAAAAUGCAGUUAGUGGACCCCUGUUUUAUGGUGAAUUGGAACGACAGUUGUUACAAGCCAACCCCAUCCUGGAAUCUUUUGGGAAUGCAAAGACCGUGAAAAACGACAACUCGUCACGUUUCGGGAAAUUCAUCCGAAUCAACUUUGAUGUCACCGGAUAUAUUGUCGGGGCCAAUAUUGAAACCUACUUACUGGAGAAAUCCAGAGCUAUUCGUCAAGCCAAAGAUGAGCGCACCUUCCACAUUUUUUACCAGCUGCUAGCUGGAGCUGGAGAGCACCUCAAAUCGGAUCUGCUUUUGGAAGGAUUCAACAACUAUCGUUUCCUGUCCAAUGGUAACAUCCCAAUCCCAGGCCAGCAGGACAAAGACAACUUCCAUGAGACCAUGGAAGCUAUGCACAUCAUGAGCUUCGCCCAUGAGGAGAUUCUUGCUAUGUUGAAGGUCGUGUCCUCAGUGCUUCAGUUCGGUAACAUUGUCUUCAAGAAGGAGAGGAACACUGACCAAGCCUCGAUGCCCGAUAAUACUGCCGCUCAGAAACUGUGCCAUCUGCUGGGUAUGAAUGUAAUGGAGUUCACCAGAGCCAUUCUGUCACCAAGGAUCAAAGUGGGCAGAGACUAUGUCCAGAAAGCGCAAACUAAAGAGCAGGCUGACUUUGCUGUAGAAGCUCUGGCCAAAGCAACAUACGAGCGUCUGUUCCGCUGGUUGGUCCAUCGCAUUAAUAAAGCUCUGGACAGAACCAAACGACAGGGGGCUUCCUUCAUUGGUAUUCUGGACAUUGCUGGUUUUGAGAUUUUCCAGCUAAACUCAUUUGAGCAGCUGUGCAUCAACUACACAAACGAGAAGCUGCAGCAACUCUUCAACCACACGAUGUUUAUCCUGGAGCAGGAGGAGUACCAGAGGGAGGGCAUCGAGUGGAGCUUCAUUGACUUUGGCCUCGACCUGCAGCCCUGCAUUGACCUCAUUGAGAGGCCGGCGAACCCUCCAGGAGUGUUGGCUCUGCUGGAUGAGGAGUGCUGGUUCCCGAAGGCGACGGAUAAGACUUUCGUAGACAAGCUGAUCCAGGAGCAGGGCACACACACCAAGUUUCAGAAGCCCCGCCAGCUGAAAGAUAAGGCCGACUUCUGCAUCAUCCACUACGCCGGCAAGGUCGACUACAAGGCAGAUGAGUGGCUGAUGAAGAACAUGGACCCUCUGAACGACAAUGUGGCCACUCUUCUGCAUCAGUCAACUGACAAAUUUGUGGCUGAACUGUGGAAAGACGAGAUUCAGACCAUUCAAAGGGCCUCAUUCUAUGACAAUGUCACUAGUCUGGAUGAGCCGGCAGUUGAUCGUAUCGUGGGCCUGGACCAGGUGGCAGGAAUGAACGAGACGGCGUUUGGUGCCACCUACAAAACGAAAAAGGGCAUGUUUCGUACUGUUGGACAGCUGUACAAAGAGUCGCUCACCAAGCUCAUGGCCACACUGAGAAACACCAACCCCAACUUUGUCCGCUGCAUCAUUCCCAACCAUGAGAAAAGGGCUGGUAAACUGGAGCCUCACUUGGUUCUGGAUCAGCUCAGGUGUAAUGGAGUCCUGGAGGGGAUUCGUAUUUGCAGACAGGGCUUCCCCAACCGCAUCGUCUUCCAGGAAUUCAGACAGAGAUAUGAGAUCCUGACACCCAACGCAAUCCCCAAGGGAUUCAUGGAUGGAAAACAAGCCUGUGAAAGAAUGAUUCACGCCCUGGAGCUGGACCCCAACCUGUUCCGUAUUGGUCAAAGUAAGAUCUUCUUCAGAACUGGUGUUCUGGCUCAUCUGGAGGAGGAGAGAGACCUGAAGAUCACUGACAUCAUCAUCUACUUCCAGUCCGUGUGCCGUGGAUACUUGGCACGCAAAGCCUUUGCUAAGAAGCAGCAGCAGCUGAGUGCCCUGAAAGUCCUGCAGAGGAACUGUGCAGCUUAUUUGAAGCUGCGACACUGGCAGUGGUGGAGGCUUUUCACCAAGGUGAAGCCGCUGCUGCAGGUGACCCGGCAGGAGGAGGAGCUGCAGGCCAAAGACGAGGAGCUGAUAAAGGUGAAGGAGAGGCAGCUGAAGGUGGAGAAUGAGAUGGUGGAGAUGGAGAGGAAACACCAGCAGCUCGUUGAGGAGAAGAAUAUUCUAGCAGAACAACUCCACGCAGAGACGGAGCUGUUCGCAGAGGCUGAAGAGAUGAGAGUUCGUCUGCUUUCUAGGAAGCAAGAGUUGGAGGAGAUUCUUCAUGACCUGGAGUCCAGGGUGGAGGAGGAAGAGGAGAGGAACCAGAGCCUGCAGAACGAGAAGAAGAAGAUGCAGUCGCACAUCCAGGACCUGGAAGAGCAGCUUGAUGAGGAAGAAGCUGCAAGACAGAAACUGCAGCUGGAUAAAGUGACGGCUGAGGCCAAAAUCAAGAAGAUGGAGGAGGACAUUCUGCUGCUGGAGGACCAGAACUCCAAGUUCCUCAAGGAGAAAAAGCUGCUGGAGGACAGGAUUGUCGAGAUGACCUCCCAGCUAACAGAGGAGGAGGAGAAAGCAAAGAACCUCGGCAAAGUCAAGAACAAACAGGAGAUGAUGAUGGUUGACCUGGAGGAGCGUUUAAAGAAGGAGGAGAAAACACGCCAGGAGCUGGAGAAGGCCAAACGCAAACUUGAUGCAGAGACAACUGACCUGCAGGACCAGAUCGCUGAGCUUCAGGCCCAGAUAGAGGAGCUGAAAAUUCAACUGGCCAAAAAGGAAGAGGAGCUGCAGGCUGCUCUGGCCAGGAGUGACGAGGAGGCCGUCCAGAAGAACAACGCCUUGAAGCAGGUUCGGGAGCUGCAGGCCCAGCUGACUGAGCUCCAGGAGGAUCUGGAGUCUGAGAAAAUGUGUCGAAGCAAAGCUGAAAAACUCAAGAGGGACCUGAGUGAGGAGCUCGAGGCUCUGAAGACGGAGCUGGAGGACACGUUGGAUACCACCGCUGCCCAGCAGGAGCUCAGGACCAAACGAGAGCAAGAGGUGGCAGAGCUGAAGAAGGCCAUUGAUGAGGAGACCAAAAACCAUGAGGCCCAGAUCCAGGACAUGAGGCAGAGACACGCCACGGCCCUGGAAGAACUGUCCGAACAGCUGGACCAGGCCAAGAGGUUUAAGGCAAACCUGGAGAAGAACAAGCAAUGUCUGGAGAGCGACAACAAAGAGAUGGCCUGUGAGGUGAAGAGUCUGCAGCAGGCAAAGACGGAGUCAGAACACAAGAGGAAGAAACUGGAGGCCCAGAUGCAGGAGUUUAUGGCCAGAGCCACUGAGGUGGAGAGAGCCAAGGGAGAGCUGAGUGAGCGCUCACACAAACUCCAGACGGAGCUGGACAAUGUGUCUGCUUUGCUGGAGGAGGCAGAGAAGAAAAGUGUCAAACUGGCUAAAGAAGUUGACAACCUGAACAGCAAACUGCAAGACUCUGAGGAGUUGCGGCAGGAGGAGACCCGUCAGAAGCUCAACCUGAGCAGCCAAAUCCGUCAGCUGGAGCUGGAAAAGAACACACUGCUGGAACAGCAGGAAGAGGAUGAGGAGGCACGACGCAGCCUGGAGAAACAGCUGCAGACGGUGCAGGCUCAGGUGUUUGAGACAAAGAAAAAGCUGGAGGAUGAUGUGGGAGCAAUAGAGGGCCUGGAGGAGGUGAAGAGGAAACUCCAGAAGGACCUGGAGCUCACCAGCCAGCGUCUGGAAGAGAAGACCAUGGCCAUGGACAAGAUGGAGAAGACCAAGAACCGACUGCAGCAGGAGCUGGACGACCAGCUGGUGGACCUCGAUCAGCAGAGACAGAUUGUCUCCAACCUGGAAAAGAAGCAGAAAAAGUUUGACCAGAUGCUGGCUGAGGAGAAGACCAUCUCUGCUCGUUACGCUGAGGAACGUGAUCGUGCCGAAGCUGAGGCAAGAGAAAAGGAGACCAAAGCUCUGUCUAUGGCCAGGGCUCUGGAGGAGGCCUUGGAGGCCAAGGAGGAACUGGAGAGGUUUAAUAAGCAGCUCCGUGCUGAAAUGGAGGACUUGAUGAGCUCCAAGGAUGAUGUGGGGAAGAAUGUCCAUGAACUGGAGAAGUCCAAGCGAACGCUGGAGCAGCAGGUGGAGGAGAUGAGAACACAGCUGGAGGAGCUGGAGGACGAGCUGCAGGCCACAGAAGAUGCCAAACUGCGUCUGGAAGUCAACAUGCAGGCCAUGAAGGCUCAGUUUGACCGAGAUCUGCAGGCCAGAGACGAGCAGGGGGAGGAGAAGAAGAGGGCGCUGGUCAAACAGGUACGUGAGAUGGAGGCAGAGCUGGAGGACGAGAGGAAGCAGAGGACUCUGGCUAUUGCUGCCAAGAAGAAGCUGGAGAUGGACCUGAAUGAGCUAGAGGGUCAGAUCGAAGCCGCCAACAAAGGCAGAGACGAAGCCAUCAAACAGCUGAGAAAACUCCAGGCUCAGAUGAAGGACUAUCAGAGGGAGCUGGAAGAGGCCAGAGCCUCCAGGGACGAGAUCUUCACCCAGUCCAAGGAGAACGAGAAGAAACUCAAGAGUCUAGAGGCAGAAAUCUUACAGCUUCAGGAGGACCAUGCAGCUUCAGAGAGAGCCCGCCGACAUGCCGAACAGGAGAGAGAUGAGCUGGCUGAUGAGAUCUCCAACAGUGCUUCUGGAAAGUCGUCACUGCUGGAUGAGAAGAGGAGGUUGGAGGCUCGGAUCACCCAGCUGGAGGAGGAGCUGGAGGAGGAACAGGGCAACAUGGAGCUACUGAAUGACCGCUUCAGGAAGACAACCAUGCAGGUCGACAACCUGAACACAGAAUUAGCUGCAGAGCGCAACACUGCGCAGAAGAGUGAGAACGCUCGGCAACAGAUGGAGCGGCAGAACAAGGAGUUGAAAGCCAAACUGGCAGAGCUGGAAGGUGCUGUCAAGUCAAAGUUUAAGGCGUCCAUCACCUCCCUGGAGGCCAAGAUCCUGCAGCUGGAGGAGCAGCUGGAGCAGGAAGUCAAGGAGAGAGCAGCAGCCAACAAAAUCGUCCGACGCACCGAGAAGAAACUGAAGGAGGUGAUGAUGCAAGUGGAGGAUGAGCGUCGUCAUGCCGACCAGUACAAGGAGCAGAUGGAAAAAGCCAACUCUCGUAUGAAGCAGCUGAAGCGUCAGCUGGAGGAGGCAGAAGAAGAGGCCACCAGAGCCAACGCCUCCCGCAGGAAGCUGCAGAGGGAGCUGGACGACGCCACCGAGGCCAGCGAGGGUCUCACCCGGGAGGUCAACUCCCUCAAGAACCGCCUCAGGCGUGGUCCGGUCAGCAGCUUUUCCUCCAGUCGUUCAGGACGUCGCAACCUCAACCUGGACGGCGCCUCUGUGGACAUGUCGGACGACGACGCCGACAGCCGGGCCAGCGACUUCAACGAGACGCAAACCUCCACCGUUGAGUAAACGCAGCGACCGUCCCACUCCUCACUUCUUCCUCCCCCUCGUCCACCCGUGACCCGCGCCCAGUUUUCCCCUGAAGAUCCUCGGCGUCCACGUGGUCUUUGUUCAUUUCAAACCACUGACUGGUCAGAAGAUUGGAGCCAUGAGCUGUGUUUUGGUGAAGCUGGGCGGAGUGUGCCUGGCAGCUGCCCUUUUUGUAUCCGUUAACACUGCAGGGAAAAUCCACCGCCCUCCUCUCAAGAAAAUGCCUCCGGUCUCGGAGAGCCACAGGGGCAAACGGACACUUCUGCCUUACUCUGUUCUCCUCUGGCAAGCUGCUAGUCCUGGCUCGUCUGUCAGCCACGUAUCAUCUCAGUGUCAUAACACCCCCGUCCCAUCAGGUGUGAAGCUAUCUGCUCAGCUCAUUGAGAAGGAAUGCAUAGGUACAAAGUGCUUUUUAUACAUAUGAAACUCUGCGUGUACAUGAAGGCUCCGAGGUGUGCACUCAUCAAAUAUGUCUCGUUUGUGACCACACUUCAUACUGGAAAUGCAGGACUACAAGGAAAAGUCUUUCACUCCGGUGUUGUUCUAAGUGUUCUGCUCACUAGUUGUGUAUAAGCCAUCUCUUACCCGACACGCUCCUUUUAAAACGGGACAAACCUAAAAACCGCGGUCACUGUGGCCUUCAGACGGCCACGCCGGCUGCUUUUUGUUGCAUGAGUCUCCUUCUGAGGAUGUUUCUUGUUCGGCUUCUUCACUUCAGCACUUCAGGAACAACUAACAUCUCGGGACAUGCAAUAGAAAAACAGACUGAAUUGAAAGUGUAUUACUGUGAAAAUAAAAGGUGUUCUAUUUUCUCUGUUGCUUCAUCUCAACAUUUACAGAAGGAAUGUCUGGCUGGGUUUUAACUAGGAAUCUAACGCUCGUUUUGUGAUGUUGACCAUCGGGAACACUGUUGUGGAUCAGACUGAGCUACGAACGACGCAAAGAUGCUGGAAAAUGCACAGAACUGCACGGAGCAAUUUUACACUUGAAGCCAACAGGAAAACAAGUUCUUACUGGAAGCACUAAGGCAGUACUCGCUAUCAAUGUGACACUAGAUGGUUGUUAAACUUUGACUGGAAACGGAGACCGAUUGAAAAGUCGUCUUCUUGCUGCAUUUCAGUGUUUGUGCUCAGCCCCACUUUGUGUUAUAAAUUCAAGACAGAGUUAGUUAUCGUGAUUUUUGCAAACAAAAGGGUAGUUUAACAACACUUGACUGCUUCUUGUGAAAAGGUAUUUCCAAAAUCCUCAAACACUCGCUGUGUUGCACUAGAAACAUUUUUAAUUCUCAGCUUUUAAGCCUGCAUACACAAAAAGCCAAGAACAGGGGAAAAAAUAAAUUUAACAUCUAAAACUGUGUUCAUGAAUGAAUCUACUUCAAAUAGAGGUUAGAGCUGGAAAAUACAAACAGUUGUUCAACUUGUCUUGACCUUGCUGUGUAAAAUGUCCUGAGAUGACUUAUGAUUUGGCACUACAGAGAUAGAACUGCUUUAUACAUCUUAGCGUCACAUUUUAUUAUUAAUAUUUAAUAUAAAUUCAGGCUUUUUACAGUUAACCUGCAUAAGAAAUGUAACAAGUUAAAAACAAGCUUCGAUUGUUUCACAAUAUCUUCAUCAGCAGGUGUGAAGUUAGAAAGAAUUGACAUAAAAACACCCAGCUUUGGAUGGUUAAUGUGCUUUGCGAGUUUAACAAGGAAGAAGAACGUGUGCUAUAAAGAUUAUUUGUCUUUUUUUGGCACCAGUUUUUAUGCAUUUAUGUUAAAUUCCACAGUCGGGUUCUCUUUUUAAUGCUUUUUGUUUGUGCUGGCUUAAAAAAAUGUAACAAAAACACUGUAAGAAGUUGUUUUUAAAACGACUUUUUUUUCACCUGGAUAUUUAAAAGCAUCUUCACUGCUUUCAGAAAUACCGCCAGAACAGCUCCAAGGGUUAAACAGCUCUUGGUUUUUCAAAAAUCCACAAAUUUCAGCUCUGUGACUCGAAUGUAAUCUGUGCCAUUAUUUUUACAAGUUUAAUCUUGACUCUCCGGACCGCUAACAGAUCGAGCACUUAGUAUUCGUUGGUGAGAGGUUGUCUGAAAAUAAUAAGUUUUUUUUUUUUUUUUUUAAAUUUCCUUCCUAUUUUAGUCGAAGUUCUUUUCAUGUUGUUUUUAGCUUUGCUUUAAAUACAGCGGCCACCUCAAGAGCUGGACCACUACAGUGUGAAAACUACACGCCAGGUUUCCAUAUCCAUCUGUCGACUCUUAUUUCCUCCAUUCUGGAUUUGCUGGUCAUCGGUGGCAGACUCCUUUGCCCUCUUCCUCAAACACUAAACAGUAUGUUUCUUUAAAAGUGCCUUAGACACUAAAUAAGAACAUAAGCGGGCAAGGAUUUCAUUUCGGAUUAGAAAGAAAACAACAGGAGAUUACAGGUACAUCAAGAAGAUACUCAACACUUAAUCUUUUGUUUCUUUUGUAUUUUGGCUGUGCUUCGUAUCAUAUCCACUAUAUACCUCUAUGUUCAUAAUAACCUCCUAGUUAGAGCGUUUGGGUCAGAAUCCGUAUUACAGUAUUAUGAUUAACUAACAUGAGAAGCAGAGCCCUUUGCAGCUGCAUUUCCCCCAAAAAUUAUCCUUUGAAUAAGUUUUGUUUUUUGGUUCUUUUCUCCCUGUAAGCACUCAGGCGAGGCCCUAGUACUUACGUUAUUGUGGGAACUGAUGCGCUGCACAGGAUUUCAUUUGGUUGGAAGCUUUAACAUCCACUAGUAGUUAACUCAUUUUUUCUUUUAUUAUUAUUAUUAUUAUUAUUAUUAUCCAGCUGGCUGUUGACAACCAGGCGUUCAACUGCAAAUACUCCCAUCAUGUUACUUCUUGUAUACCUGUAUUUCUAGACAGUGAUUUUUUUUUUUCUGUUUUGUUUGUUUUUGUAAAAGGAAAAUAAAGCAUAUUCAUUGUAACUGUGA